GUGAAUAGAGACAAGAAAGAUGUUCUCACUUUAACACUAAUAACUUCUAAACCAUCUCUCUACUUCCUCUACUACCUCUUCUUCUUCUUCUUACUCAUAUUGUUUCUUAGAAAUAAUUCAUAAAAAGGAUUUUCUAUACAACAAAGACUGAGUGAAUUACACAGAAUGUUUAUUCUAUUUUCAACUUUACUAGUCAUCAUUAUGAUUUGUAUUAAUGGAUAUAGAAUGAAAUUACCCAGUUGGGAUGAUGAUGUCUACAGUUAUGCAGCUAUAUGGAAUUCAUCAAUAAAAAAUGAAGAAAAAUUCAAUCAACAUAAUAGUAAAACAAAUUUCAAUGAUAAAUUUGAAAAUAAUCAAAUGAAAAAGGAACAAAUGAAAAAAUUAAAAACUCAUGGUUUCGCUGAAAAUUUAAUGCUUAUCGAUGGUGUUUCAAAAAUGAAGGUACAGUCUUAAUUAAUCAGCAUGGUAAAUGGGGUACAAUAUGUGAUGAUAAUUGGACAUUGAAAGAAGCAAAUGUUGUCUGUCAUAUGUUAGGCUAUCCGCAUGCUUUACAGGCUACAACAAGAGAUUAUUUCUAUUCAAAUAGUGAAUAUGACUAUCUAAUGGAUGAUAUUUACUGUCAAGGAAGUGAAUCUCAUUUAAACGAAUGCGUUUAUUGGACAGAACACGAUUGUUUAAAACGUGAAGAAGCUGGUGUUAUUUGCCUCAAUCCUGAACCAAUUAAAUGGCAAUACAAUGUAAGGAACCCACAUAUUGAAAAACUAUCUCCUUCUGAAGUGAAAAGAAUGCGACAACAAAUAUUUUGGAGUGAAAUGGAGAAAUUAAACAAUCAUGGUCUUCAUAAGAUCAAGGUUCGAAUCCCUAAAAGUAAAAAUCAUCAAUCACUCAUUGGUUCCGUAUGUAUUGAUAAUUUUCGUGGAGCAGAAGCGAAUGUGGCUUGUCGAAGUGUUAACUAUCUAUUUGCUGCAUCUUACUCAUCAGUACCAUUAAGCAACUCGGAGUUGACUACACUCUAUCCACUUGUACGCAUUGGACAUUGUUUUGGAAAUGAAUCAAGGUUGGAAGAUUGUGUCAGUUUCACUGAUCCAAAUGGUGUACCAUGUUCAAAUAAAAAGUUGGGAAUUCUAGUGAACUGUACAACAGCCCUAGCUGAUUUAGAACCGGAUGUACAAGCCUUACAAACUUCAGCUUACAGUAGUAUGAUCCCAUUAUUUCAAGCUCAAUGUGCUUUAGAAGAAAAUUGCUUUCCACCGAGUGUAUACAAUCUUAUUAAUAGAAAUCGAAAUUUAGCUUUAAUGCAUAUGCGUCGUUUAUUGCGUUUCUCCUCCAUUAUACACAAUGUUGGAACACAGGUAUUUCGUCCACAUGAACCACCUGAACGAUGGAUAUGGCAUGCAUGUCAUAUGCAUUAUCAUAGUAUGAAAGUAUUUUCCUAUUAUAAAGUAAUCAAUGCUAAGCACCAACUAAUGGCUGUCGGUCAUAAAGCCAGUUUUUGUCUAGAGGAUAAUGCUUGCAAAACUGGAUAUAAAAAGCAUUUUGUCUGUUCCACAACACUGGUAACACGCGGUGAUCAAGGUAUCAGUCCUGGCUGUCAAGAUAAUUACUUCCACGAUUAUGAUUGUCAAUGGUUAGAUAUCACCGAUUUAAGUCCCGGUGAAUAUACAUUUCAAUUGAUUUUGAACCCAGACUUUUUAGUGCCUGAAAUCACCUAUGAUAAUAAUGCAAUUCAAUGUCGUCUAUCUGUUGGACAUACACACCAUCAUUAUGCUAUGUUAUCAAAGUGUCGUUUAAUGCAUCCCUAUGAUUUAUGAAUACACGUAUUCACACACACACACACACACGCGCACACACACACAGUCAGACUUAGUAGUUGUUGACACCAUAUAUUUCACAUCAAAAGAACAAAAUAAUCAUGUUAUAUUGCAACUAUUAUUUAAUUUAGACACCUUUGAUGUUUGUUAUGCAACCACUUAUGAGAAAAAACUUAACUCAAAACUUAAGGGUUAUUGCAUAUUAUGCCUUUAUUCCAAUGUUAUUAUGAACAUUUAUCUAUAUUCAAUGUUUUUUUCAAUAGAAGAUAGUACACAACAAUAAAAAUGCGUCAGUUUUGAUUAUUUUCAACCUGAGCACAUUUUACGCAUACAUGCCAUAUGAGAUAUGAUGUGAACUGUUUAACAGCAGACAGUGAUAAGAACUUUACACUGCUUACCUCUUUACUUUGGUUAGUAAAGAUCAGUAAUGAGUAACUUGUAACUGUGAAGAG